AUGGGGCGGAGCAGCGGCAGCGAGAGUGAUGUUGCCGCCGCGCUGCGGCCCCAGCUAAGCCUCCCGACUGGGGUGGGGCAGGGGGCGGGGCCGCGGGGCGGGAGGCGCGAGCCCGGAGCGGCCCGGGUGCGGGGGACAGGGGCGCAUCGCCGUCUCUGCACCCCCGCCGACCGCUCCGGGAUGACAGGCUCCGGUGCCGACCCAGGUCCUGCGCCCACCAGUCGGCCAGACAUAGGACUGGAGGACGAGCGAAAGAUGCUGACCGAGUCCGGAGAUCCUAAGGAGGAGGAAGAAGAAGAGGGGGAAUUAGUGUUUCUACAUCAGGAUCCCCUAACAACAGUGAGAGAGCAAUGCCAGCAGUUGGAGAAAUGUGUAAAGGCCCAGGAGUGGCUGGAGUUCUGUGAUGAGCGUGUAUCCUCUCAAUCACAUACAGAAGAGGAUUGCACGGAGGAGCUCUUUGACUUUUUGCAUGCAACGGACCAUUGCGUGGCCCACAAACUCUUUAACAACUUGAAAUAAAUGUGUGGACUUAUUCCCCACAGCCUUCAUCACCUGGGCAUCAGGAUAUUUCCUUAUGGUUUUGGAUAUGCCAUUUGUUUCUUAUUUCUGUAACUGUAAGUUCACAUGAAC